UAUAACACAUUUACCCACUCCCAAUUAACAUAUGCGCUCAAGAACAUGCACUGGGAUUACAUUAAGGAUACCCAGGGAAAAUACGACGGCUCCAUUAAGGAGCUAGUGCGGCAAUGUCUGCAUGUCCCAGCCCGAACUUCUAUUCACUGGCUCCUUGAAGACGCUAAGAGGGGCGGCGUAGAUAUCCCCAUGACUCGUACAGACCACGCAGUUCUAAGGGUGAGCCUAACGCUUCAACUACUUUGGUCUAGCUCCCCGAAGGUUGCGUCGGUCGCUUCACAGGAACUGAGGGGUCACGUAUCCUAA